AGUUAAUUAGCUUAAUAAGUUAAGACAAAACCGUUUAUCCGAUUGAUUAAUUACCAUUGAUUGGAUUGUUUUUCUUUAGAAAAGAAAAAAAAAAUUCUAAAUCAGAUCAAUUUCCGAGUAUAAAUAGAGUUGGUUGAACAAUUUGAUUUCCAUUGAACAUUUUGCUCUUCAUUGAGACUCAUUCAUUUUUCCCAUUUGUUUACAUUUUCUGUCUGUUGUUUAUCAUUUUCACUCUUCAUUUAAAUUGUCAUUUUAAAUUAAUUUCUUCCCAAAUUAUCAACUAAUCAUCUUUAUUAAUUAACUGUUUAAGUGUAUAACUUAAUCUAAAUCAAUAAUUGUCCGUUUUUCUUCAUCAAUUGUUGAUUUUUUUUUUGGUUUUUUCUUCUUAUCAUCUUGAAUGGAUUAAGGAUGUCUAAGGCUACCAAACGUAAAUAUGUAACCAAGGAGGUUCUUGAGACUUACUUUGUUCCUGAGGAACCAGCUUAUAUUGUUAAGGUGAUCGCUAGUCGAGGGAAUAACUUACACGAGGUAGAAUCACCUGAUGGAGAGAAGUAUCUUGUUAGUAUGCCAACAAAAUUCCGUAAAAAUGUUUGGAUUAAAAGAGGUAACUUUAUUGUCGUUGAGCCCAUAAAAGAAGGUGACAAAGUGAAAGCUGAAAUUGUCCAAAUCUUGUUGAAAGAUCAAAUCAAAUACAUUAAAGAAGAAGGCAAAUGGCCUACACGUUUUGAAGACGAAAAAGACAAAGAAUCAUCUGAUAAUGAUAAUGGCUUAUUCUCAAAUCCUAAUCGACAAUAUGACGAAAGUGACUCCGAUUCUGAUUCUGAUUCUGAUUCCGAUUCCGAUUCAGAUGCUGAAUCAUCAUCAACAUCACCUGAAGAUGAAGACGAAGAGGAAUCAUCAAGUAGAUCAUCUGAAAGUUAAUCACUUUUGUCAAUAUUGUUUUAUAAUAUUUGAUAUUAAUACAAAUCUUAAGACAACCACAAUUAUAUUAACUAUUACCCUCUCAUUUGAACCUAAUAUUUUACUCGACUACCAACCCAAUAUAACAUCAAUUAACCAUCAACAUUUAGUUUCAUACCUAAAACAAUUAACUUAUCACAAUAAAUUAACAACAAUUAAAAACAA